GCCAUUACCAAGAUUUUUUUUUCGUUACUAUCUUUGGUUUUAGACAGAUUUUUACUCAAAAGAUUGCCUUUCUUUAGAAACAGGGAACGAUUACUUUUUUUUUUUAAAGAUAUCUGAAAGGUGGAACCGAUUUCUACGGACUUUUCUUGGUAAUUCUAGUUAAUUUCGAACUAGCUAUAGAUAUUGGUGUUCUUUUGGUUUUUGGUUUGCCAUUGCAAAAAUGAAGAAUAAAUACACUCCUGUUUCAGACUCUGAGGAGUCCUUGAAAACGCUCACUGAUGAGAAGUCAGACACGCAUUCUGCAGAUGGUACGCCUCCUCCGUAUUCAGCUUCAAACAAAUUUAUCGAUUUAGAAAUGGCUGACGGAUCCGCUCAGAAUUCCGCCCAAGAAUCUGUUGAUAACACCAGGUCGGAUCCUUUAACAAAUGAGAAGUGGUGGAAAAACUUUUCCAUAGGCACAGCGACUAUUAUACUAUUUUAUAAUGUUGUUUGUCUAGCCAUAAUUUUUGGUUACAAGGUUUCUCCGUAUUCAAUAGCUUUUUACGGGCUUGCUGGCGUUUCUAUCGGAUCUAUUUUUAUUUUCCUAUUAACGAUUCUUGUAACGUAUCCCGAAUGGUUCACCCAAGCUGGGUGCAACAUGUGUGUCGCAGUGAUAUAUACGGGUCUUCUGAAUGUCGUUGGUUUCGUAUUCUAUCGUAAUGUAAAGAAAAUAAUAGGAUUUGAAAAGAUGAACGAUAUUGCUUUCUAUGGUGUCUGCUUUGUUAACGUUGCCGUGUUUGUUUUAUUUUGGAUGAAUCCAACUGCCCGUGAACGAUUUAGAUUAUUAGUCAUUUAUAUAGGGAACGGCGCAAAUGCCAUAGGAAAUGGCGCAAAUGCCAUAGGAAACGGCAUAAGAAAUGCUGUGAAUCUUGCUUUUGGAACAAAUCGAGGAGAUGAAGUAUCUCAGAACGAAGAAAUCGAACUUCAACAUCUUGCUGAGCAAAGUGGUGAAGUUUGAAUUUUAACGAACCUGGUUUACGUUUUCAUAAUUCGCAUUUUCUUUGAAAGGAUUCAUGUCAAUAUUGCAGUCCAUCAACUUUGCAUUCGCAUUAUCCCCCAAAGUAAGCAUUAUCUUAAUAAGACGGCUUAAGUUGCUUUUCUCAUUCACUCUUUCAUGAAUCUUUUUAAUUCGUUACGCAAUAUCGUUGUUUAUGCUUUGUGAAUCGAAUUGGACACCCUUUUUAACGAUUAUUUAAGUACUCUAAAGAAAAUUCUGCCGUGAUUAACUAUAGCUUCAACAUAGUGUCGUGUAAUUGCAUGUCUUUUAUAAAUUAGUCAAGGCCGGAAUAUUGCAAUGUCAUCAUACAGAAGAGUCUUUCACUACAAAAUGUAAGAACGUCCUUACUGGAUCACGACUGAACUUGUAGUAAUUUUACCGACCGGAACGAACGUUUACGGUUAUACCUAGACAUAAACAGCACACCAGUUCCCGCUCGAUCACUGCAGUAAGCGAAACCGUCUGAAGGCUCGUUAGUGCUACGAUUGGAGACAACAUGGGAAUCCGGGAUGCUGUAGGCUCUUUCGCUUUUCUUGGUUUUUGGAGUUCUCUUGAGAUUUCUUUUUUGAAUGUUUUUUGCUACUAACAGGAUUAAUUUUUCUAGCAACCAAACUGAAAACCCAAGUACGGUGUCAGGAAGAGAACAACGAAAUUUUUGAUUUGACUUAUCGUUGCUCUUCUUCUGUUCUACGAAAUUGCCAUUCAUUUCGAGAUGAUUUCAUCACCGUAAGACGAGCAUGUCUUCUUUCAAACUAGUCAUUGAUGUUUAUACAACAUGAUAGACAAUUAUUCAGUCUCGGUUUACACUAUCCGCUGUUAAUAAUCUCUGUGGUAUAUUUACAUUGUUAUUUGUGCUACAAGUUUGGUUUGUGCUUGUCUUUUUCAAAUGGCUUUGACCAAAAUUAUGUAUGCGGAUCCGUUUGCAGUGUUUGGAAACAUGAAAAGAAAAGAAACAAAUAGAUUUAGAUGAAGGAAAUGAUAUGCAGGUUUUCUUCGUUCCAGGAAGCGGCGACGAUGACAAAAGAAAAGGAUAUCCCGAAUGAACUAAGCUGAUACAUCAGAUGCUCUUUUUAUGACAUAAAAGUAGAACAAAAUCGGUCUUCUGACAGCAUCAAUCAUGAGAGGAUCUAGCUGCUCUUGAUUAUAAGCAUCAUUCCAAAUGGAGCCUUUGGAACCACUUUCGUGAAUAGGUUCGAGAGUUUCAGACUUGAAAAUAGACAACAGCAUCAAGAGACAAAAAUGACGAGUUCCUCUCCGUAACUGGUGUAAGGAAUGACUCUUCAGAAUUUUAUUCUCAGAAACGACACCCUUAAGAAUUGGCGUAGGAUCGACUCUUUCAUUCAACCCACAGGUAUGAACAUCAAAUAAGUGGUAAACAGAACCGAGCAUCGGUGCCUGAAACUAUGCGUCUCUUCUUGCUGCAGAAAUGGAGAUACGAAGGAAAUGCGGAUGGUUAGAAAACAUACAAAUAAUACUGGACGAAAAUGAUUGUUUUCAUCAUAGGUAGAAUAUACCUCAAGUAAUAAAAAUACACUGCCGGGAUGAAUCGACACCAAACAUUAUAUUUUUUGAAAGAAAAAAAAAAGAACAAUGUGAAGAUUAUAUAUUGGAAAUAGAUGAUUGAUGAAACAAUUCACAUUUUGCUCUGCCUCAUAACUUACUUCUAGCUUAAUGUCUGACAUGGAUUACCGUGUCAUCGAGAACGAAUUCAUGUACGAAUGACUAUUACUUUUUCUGUUGGUUUUAUACAAAUAUUUAUAUAUUUUAUAUGUUUGUAUUGUCGAACGUAAUGGAAUGGUUGUCAUUGUACAAAAACGUCCCUCUUUUAAAUAGCAUUUUGGAGAAUAAUACAUUAAAUAUGAGUUACGAAUGAAUAAAUAAACUUAAUUUUUGUCGGAAUUAGUGAAGUCAACAUGGAAGCUUUCAUUUGAGAACUGUUUGUACAAAAAAGUCAAUAAAGUCAUUCAUUCAUAUUCGGAUACUUUGAAUCUAUGAAACUAAAGACAAUGAUCAAUGAUCGUUGCAUACAUUAAAAUAAAAAGAGGGGAGUUUCAAUUACCUGUUUUGCUAGUUGGUUUAUUGUUGAAGAGCCUGGAGGCGUUCCUUCAAAGUGGCAGAAACGGCAGGACGAGCAAGAAGACGUUGGUGCCAAGCAUAGGUUUUGGGGAACUCCUUUUCAAAAUCCAAUUGAGGUAAUUCCUCCUUGAAUUCAUGCUUUCCCUUUCCAAACAUCAUUGGAAGAGUGUUGUUCCAGAGUGCAAAAGACAAAUCGGCGAUUGUGUACUUGCCAGCGACAAGGUACUCCUUGUCUUGAAGAAUAGAUUCCAAGACACCGAGGACACGCUUGGUUUCAUUUCUGUAUCUAGUGACGGCUGAUGCAACAGGCUCAGGAUGGAAAUGGUUGAACCAAUUCGCUUGACCCCAAAUGACACCUUGACCAGAAGAUUGGAAAAAGAGAUAUUGAAGCAAAUGAUGGUAUUCAGGAUCGUCAUGGGGUAAAGAAAUGUUUCUUUGCUUGUCGUAAAUGUCUGUCAAGUAAGCCAAAAUAGCAUCGGAUUCCCAGAUUGUAUAAUCGUUGUUUUGAUGAUCGAUCAAUGUAGGAACUCUGCCGUUAGGAUUGUGAGCAAGAUGCUUUUCGCUCUUUUGUUCAUUCUUGGCAAAAUCAAGGUAUACAAUAUCGUAAGAAAGGUUUAAUUCUCGCAAGGCAGCGACUGCCUUCCAAGGGUUAGGACCACUUUUGUGAGCGAAAAGAGUAAAUUGAGCCAUCGUGAAAGAAAUUGUGUUUAAGGAUAACUUUUUUUCAGCUUGGUCUUGCAAUAUAUAGGACUGUAUUUAGCUUGAUAACGAGAUUUUAUUGCUCAUUGCUGACUAAAUAUGAGAUGUUUCCUCGUUAUGAUGGGAAUUGCUUACUAAAACAUGUGUAGUCAUUAUUUCUAGGAAAUUCUGCAGCUUCUUGGGGAAAGAAAAAAG